AUGCCUACGCGUAGCGGGCUUCAGUACGAACGACCAUUACUAAAUUACGAAAGGAACAAUAUGGUUCAACCGAUAUUAUUGACCGACGAGCAGUUUCAAGCGCUUUUGCGGCAAGUUGGUGCUGCACAUCCCGUCGGAAAUGACGCAAAUGGUCAUUUUGCGAAGUGCAAUGCACGGUUCGAUGGCCUAUCUGACGUUGAAGCCUUCCUAGACUCAAUAUCCACCUAUAAGGACUGUCUCAAAAUUAGCGACGUCAACGCAUUACGAGGGCUUCCAAUGUUAUUAGACGGUCUAGCGGCUACUUGGUGGCAAGGUAUUAAACAAACCACUCUCACGUGGGAGGACGCUGUUAAGGCUUUGUAG